UAAAAACAAACUCCACUGCUGGAUGUACCAUGUUUUACUUCGUAGGGGCGGAAGAUUGCCAGAUAAGCGUACACACGUCUUUAAACUUGUAUUUUUAGCUUUUAUACUUAUUUGAUGAUACACGUGUUUAACUGUUGAAUUAUUCUUGAAAAGACUUUCCAAUAGGAAGCUAUCUGUGUGUGUAGUUUUAAAUAUAUACUCGAAUGGACUCGCCUGACUGUAACAGGAAGUGUCCGUGUCAAAAGGAUCUGAAAUCGAAAAUAAACUAUAAUAUAAUGAAAGAAUGUAGAAAUAUGGAAUAUAAUAGUUUGUUUCAGUGUUGUAUUUUUAAAGCAUCUAAAUAUAUGCUUACAAAUAAAUUAUUGUUUAAAAUAUAACCGUAUAUGGAGCUAAUAGCUCUUCCUUGCGACCUUAUGCCUGUGUUUAUAUCAGAACUUAGAUGAACUGAAAGCAGCCUGGUGGACUUGGAGAAGUUUUAUUCAUAAUAAUAAUAGAAUGUAGAACUUUCUGCCCUGUUUAUCAGAUGAUCCAGCAGUCUGAGUUACAAUGUGGCCAAGGCUGUGGUUUGGCUCCAGGAGCUCAGGGCUGUGCAGUGGCACAGCUCUGAUCCUCCUCCUGAUCUUAUUAGUCUGGCUUUGUGGACUUAAUGCCAGCCUGAGUUUAGGGCCAGGAGCUGAAUUCCCAGGUGUCUAUGAUUUUAUCUUCUACGCUGUGAGUCAUGAUGACUUUGUGUCUUUGCUCCAUGAUGUUGCCCUCUUGCUGUAUCUCGGCCCAAGUCAGGAGAGGAAGUGGGGAACGCUGGUCUUCCUUGUCCUGUCUCUUGUCUCGACAGUGCUCCUUCCCCCUAUUUACGCCCUUUUCCUGUUCGUCACAGGCGACGAAGCCAGUCGGAUAUGUGGCUACUCGGGCACCCAGCUGGCCCUGUUCGCGGCUCAGUGUCGACAGAGCAAACGUAAACGAGCCCUGUGCUGUCUGCCUCCCUGGUCCUUGCCUUGGCUUGUUUUGCUUGUUGAUUUGUUCGUUCUUCCAAGCGCACCAGGUCUUCUGCACUUCUACGCCAUCUGCCUGGGGCUUAACUACAGCACUGAGUUAAUUGAGAUCCUGCAGCGGAUCGAGGGUCUUGGUGUGUGCUCCUGUCUGCCAGUAUGGCUCUACGUUUCCAAUAAAUAUCAACUACCAACCUACAUCAGCCCCACACAGAGACCUUUACCUCAUGUUGACUCUCAGACGGGACACAUUGCUUCUACCAGCAGGUCCCAGUUGGAGGAUCACACACGCCUGCAGCCGUGGAUACACACCACGCCCCAGUGGCAACAAGAACCUGUUAUGGCGACAGACGAGCAGCUAUUGGACGAGGAGUUGCUAAGAGCGGGGAUAGUGGCAUCGCUGCGGGACGCCCCUGAAGGCACGGUGGAUAAAGUGGAAGUCAAGAAAUCCUCCGUUUCUUCAUUAAGGCUGCAGCAGCUGGAGAAGAUGGGCUUUCCGAUGGAGAAAGCCGUCGUGGCUCUGGCGGCGACUCCACAUCUGGACGGAGCAAUUUCUCUGCUGAUCGAUGACCAGGUUGGUGAGGACACUGUGGUCGUCUCUAAAGGGAAGAAAGCGCCAAGCAUGUGACUCAGGGACGGUGUGGACAACAUCCCAUAAUACAAAUACGAACAAAGUCGAAUGUAUAAUACGCGUGCUUCAGACAGAACCAGACUUUUCUGCCUGUUACAUCUGGAGCAGAGAAAACUGAAGUGUUAUUUAUUGUCCUGUGUGUGUGUGUGUGUGUGUGUGUGUGUGUGUGUGUGUAAGGAGAAAGUCAUCCUUCUUCCAGCUGUACAAUCAGCAAAAUAUUAAUAAAAUAUCUAUAAAUGUAAUCUUCAAAAAAUAAAAUCUGGCAAUAAAA